AUGUUUCACUAUUUGUCGCUCGUGCUAAUACUUUUAUUCGCAGUUUCCACUCUCUUUCUCUUUCCGAGAUCCCGACGAGCCCGUCAAUCGCGCCUACGACUGCCUCCCGGGCCGUCCGGACUGCCUCUCCUAGGCAAUCUCCUCAGCAUGCCGUCUGGCUUUGAAUGGGAGACGUAUGCGCGAUGGAGCCAAGAAUGCAAGUCGGACAUUGUCCAUAUCGAUGUUGUCGGCUCGUCCGUCAUCGUUCUCUCCUCUGUUAAAGCGGUUAACGACCUCCUCGAGAAGCGAUCGAGCUUGUAUUCUGACAGGCCUCGCUUUCCCAUGGUAAACGAGCUUAUGGGCUGGAACUUUAAUUUUGCAUUCAUGAAAUACGGCGAACGAUGGCGCAAACUCAGAAAAUUAUUCCAUCAACACUUUAAUGCUGAAGGCGUAAUAAGAUAUCAUCCACAGCAGCGCGCUGCCUGCCACGAGCUGCUCCGACGUCUUCUCGAUGAUCCAGAAAGGUUCCUUGGGCACUUGAGACAUAUGUCGGGGGAGAUAAUCAUGUCGACUGUUUAUGGGAUCAAUGUUCGCCCUCAGGAUGAUCCCUAUAUCCAAACGGCGGAAGCUGCUCUGCAAACCUUAGUGCAUGCGAGCAUACCAGGUCGCUUCCUUGUCGAUCUUCUCCCGUCUCUUAUGCAUGUGCCCCCUUGGUUUCCUGGCGCGGGCUUCAAGAAAAUUGCCCGGGAAUGGCGUCGGUUAUCAUCAGACCUCGUCAAUCUUCCUUUCGAAGAAACCAAACGACAACUUGCGGCUGGCGACGAUCCCCCGUCUUUUGCCUCGUCCCUGCUCAGUGCAACUCCCCCAGUGGAGGAGGAGGCUAUCAAGCAAGCGGCUGGAACGAGCUAUAGCGCUGGCGCUGACACAACCGUGUCGGUCCUCGGAACAUUCAUCCUUGCGAUGCUGGCAAACCCGCAAGCCCAACACAAAGCUCAACAGGAGCUCGAUCGUGUUUGCGACGGCAGGCUGCCGGAAUUCGAGAUGUUCCACGAGGCAGAGUCAACAAUGCCUUAUGUUUGCGCGGUAAUCCGGGAGGUUUUGCGUUGGCAGCCAGCUCUUCCGCUUGUACCCCAUUUCAUCGAGACCGAGGACGAAUAUCGCGGCUUUCGAAUCCCGGCACAGUCAAUUGUUCUCGUGAAUAUCUGGCAAGUCCCUGAGCAAUGCCGGGCGAUUCUUCAUGACGAGUCAGUUUACCCUCAUGCAGAGUCAUUCCUCCCGGAGCGAUGGCUUCUACCGACUGCGGCGCUCAAUCCCGCGAUGAAAGGCUGGGAAUUGGCUUUUGGCUUGGGCCGGAGAGCGUGCGUUGGGAGACAUCUGGCCAUGUCCUCAAUUUGGAUGUCCAUUACCUCCAUUCUUGCGACGCUGGACAUCCAGAAAGCCGUCGACAAGCACGAUGUCGUUAUCGAGCCGACGAACGAAUAUAUUUCCGGCCUUGUCAUGCAACCCGUCCCAUUCAAAUGCUCUAUCGUGCCGCGUUCUUCCGGAGCAGUGAGUCUGAUAAGGGAGACAGCGCGCUAG